GUGCUCUGCUUGGCUGUGUUCCUGUGGGCCUUGCCCUUGAGUGGGGGCUAUGCCCAGCUCCUCCAGGGAGCCCUCGUGUUCUCAGCCGUGGGGGACGCCUGCCUAAUCUGGCCUGAGGCCUUCUUCCAUGUUUUUGGCCGGGGCUGGAUUUGAACCCACCACCUCUGGUAUAUGGGGUUGGCGCCCUACUCCUUGAGCCACAGGUGCCACCCACUCUCUGCCCAUUCUUUACAGAGGAGGAAUCUGCGUCACUGUGAGUUUAACUCACUUGCUCAAGGUCACAGGUAGAAUGUGACAAGGUGGAUAUGCAAAUACAGCCUUGUGUGUGCCACAGACUCAGAUACAGCACACAACACCUUCUGGUGGGGCUAAGAAGGCCUCUGGGCAGUGGGGAGGUGUCUGAACUGAACCCCAGAGGAGGAGGAGGCAGGAGGCUCUGGGAACAGGCCAGCAGGUGCGCCUGGUGAGAGAUGGCAUCCUCAAAUGUUGGGAGGUGGGGACCUACAGGGUGAAACAGAGGGAUCUCUGUGGGACAGACUGGCUGGGCUGGGGGCUGAGGAUUCAAGCAGGGCUAGAAAAAGCUCAGAGGAGUCUCCAAUGUCUGAGCGAGGAAGCAAAGCCCUGGGGGCAGGGCUGGGAGCUCGGUUCACACACUUGAAGCCUCUACUUCCUUCUCCUCCCCUCCCCGCCCUGGCCUCUGGCCUCACCAAUGGGCUGGGAAAGGGGAAAUUCUUGAGUUUAAAGUCCAGCAGGUGGAAUGACCAGGCCUGGGACUCUUGGGUCCCUUUGCAGUGUGGGGAGACAUGGCGGCAGCUGGCAGCGGCCUCAGGGCCUGGGGGAGCCUGGUGCUGUUGGGCGGGACUGUGAAAGUGACUGCCCUGCUGGCCCCAGUCUCACUGUGGUCAAGGGAGUGGGGCUCAGAGGCUGAUUCCUUCCCCUUUGGCUCUCUCCAGGGCCUGUGCAGCUGGACAGGGGCCAGGGAAGCCGGCCUCAACCCAGUCAGGAACCUGAGCGUGGAGGCUUGGACCAACAGCUCUGUCACCCUGAGCUGGGCAGCCCCUGAGGACCUGGACCGGCAGAACUACACUUACGGGAUCCAGUGCAUUGGAGACCACAAAAAUGAAACCCAAAGCAUCACAGAUACCAAUUGCACAGUGGGUGGGCUUCAAGCAGCAUCGAGGUAUGAACUUUCUGUGUGGGCAGAGAAGGACGGGGAACAUGGCCCCAAGCUGAAUCUCACGGCUGCCACAGCCCCCAACCCAGUGAGAAACCUGUGUGUGGAGGCUCAGACCAAUAGCUCUGUCACUCUACACUGGGAGGUACCCGAGGGCCCAGACCCACAGAACUACACCUACUGGGUCCAGUGCAUUGGAGAUGGUGGCACAACUGGGAUCCGAAGCACAGCAGACACAAGGGACACGGUGAAUGCACUUGAACCUGGAUCCUGGUAUGAAUUUUGGGUGUGGGCACAGAAGAAUGAAGUCAACAGCUCCAAGGAGACCCAAAAUGCCACCACAGCUCUCAAUGAGGUCAUGGACCUGCAGAACAAAACUCAGACCAACAACUCCAUCACCCUGUGGUGGAAGGUCCCUGCAGGCCCCCACGCUCAGCAAUAUGUAUACUGGGUGCAGUGGGCCUGCGGGGGACAUCCCCAAAGACAGCAAGAUUGCCAAGGAGAUUGGGCCAAUCAGACUGGCAAGACCAAUGAGACCUGGUACAAGGUGGAGGCCCUCCAGCCAGGGACUCUGUACAACUUAAGUGUGUGGGCAGAGAGAAAGGGUGCGGCCAGUUCCACACAGAGUCUCCAGGCAUCCACAGCUCCAAAUCCGGUCCUCAUUACCUCUUGCACCAGCACCUCAGGGGGAUAUGGGGUCAUCCUGACUUGGUCCUGCCCAUCGGGAGGCUAUGAGGCCUUUGAAUUGGAAGUGGGAAGGCAGCGAGACUCCUGGGACAGCUCUUCAUGUGGAAGGGAUGUGCCUGUGUCGGGCCUUGGGCCAGCUCGGUCCUACCCAGCCACCGUCACCACCGUGUGGGAUGGAAUGAGGGCCCCGUCUGCCCUGCUGACCUGUCACACAGAAAGCACAGGGGUCAUUGCUGGAGCCAUUGUGGGUGUCCUCCUGCUGCUCAUCCUUGUGGGUCUGCUGGUUUUCUACCUAAGGAGAAGGAAUAGGAGGAGCCAAGAGAAAGCAGCCUCCCAGGAUCUGAUCUUCAGCUCCCUAGGGGACAUCCUGGCCAAAGACUUCGCUGACCACGUCAAGAGGAAUGAGAAGGACAGCAAUUAUGGCUUUGCAGAAGAGUACCAGCAAUUGGCCCUAGAGGGCCACGGCCAGUCUCAGAUGGUGGCCUCAGCUCCAGAGAACAGCGCCAAGAACCGCUACAGAAACGUUAUGCCCUAUGACUGGUCCCGAGUGCCUCUGAAGCCCCUCCAUGGGGAGCCAGGCUCUGACUACAUCAACGCCAGCUUCAUGCCUGGUCUCUGGAGCCCCCAGGAGUUCAUUGCAACCCAGGGCCCCCUGCCACACACCGUGGGUGACUUCUGGCGCUUGGUAUGGGAACAGCAGAGCCAUACCCUGGUUAUGCUGACUAAUUGCAUGGAGUCGGGCCAGGUGAAGUGUGAGCAUUAUUGGCCCCUGGAUGCUCAAUCCUGCACCCACGGACACCUGAGAGUGACCCUGGUGGGUGAGCAGGUGACAGAGAUGUGGGCAGUGCGGGAUCUGCAGGUCUUCCAGGUAAGUCCCUCCCUCUUCCCUCCAUGGCCAUCCCCACAGUCCUCCCCUAGUGCUCUCCCUCUCCUUUCCAGGUGGAGGAGCAAAAGAUGUUAUCUGUGCGUCAAUUCCACUACCUGGCCUGGCCAGAUCAUGGUGUCCCUCACUCCCCAGACCCCUUGCUGGCCUUCCAGAAGAUGCUCCGGCAGUGGCUGGACCAGGAGGCCAUGCAGGGGGGCCCACCCAUUGUGCAUUGCAGGUGAGGGCCAGACCCCUCCCUGGGGGAGAACGUUUGGUCAGACAAUACUGUUGUUAGAUGGUCCCUGGGGAGCUCAUAGAAGGUGUGGAAGGAAGACAAGGAUGAAAAUAUGGGAAGGAAAGAUGAAAAGGGGAAGGGGGCUCAGCACCUGUAGCACAGUGGUUACAGUGCCAGCCACAUACACUGAAGUUGGUGGGUUUGAACCUGGUCCGGCUCAGCUAACCAACAAUGACAACUGCAACAAAAAUUAGCCAGGCAUUGUGGUGGGCACCUGUAGUCCCAGCUACUUGGGAGGCUGAGGCAAGAGAAUCACUUAAGCCCAAGAGUUUGAGGUUGCUGUGAGCUGUGCCACCAUGGCACUCUACCCAGGGCAACAUAGUGAGACUCUAUCUCAAAAAAAAAAAAAAAGAAAGAAAGAAAGAAAGAAAAGAAAAGAAAAGGAAAGGGGAAAGGAGAGAAGUUACAAGGACAGGGUGUAGGAAGCAGCUGGAGAGUUAGAGAAAUAUUUGAAACCUGCCCUUGUGCUCAAGCUCCCAUUAAUGGCUCUCCUGAUACUUACUUAGGCUGCAGUCCUACAGGUCAGUUUUCACCCAAAUGUAAACAUUAGGGGGAUGAGAAGGGGAGCUUGCUCUGUAUGGGGUGACUGCCUCUGAAAUUGGGACUCUGGUUUCAAGAACAGUUGACAUGAUGCAUCAUUUAGCCACAGUCUUGCUCAUCCUCAGCACAGCUGCACGACAAAAGAGUUUCUUCCCUAUUUUACUUAUUCAUUUAUUUUUUUGUAGAGACAGGGCAGCACCAUGUUGUUCAGACUGGUCUCAGACUAUUGGCUUCAAGUGAUCCCCCUGCUUUGGCCUCUCAAAGUGCUAGGAUUAUAGGCGGGAUCCACUUCACCCUUCCCAUUUCAGUGCUGAAUUAUAUGAUUCAAUUAUGUGAAUUAUCCAGACUAGGUCAAUCAACAAGAGCUAGAAACAGAUUAGUGCUUUCCAGGGACUGAUGGGUGGUAAUGGGAAUGGGGAGUGUCCACUUAGUGGGUAUGGGGUCUCCUUCUGAGGUGAUGAAAGUGUUUUACAAUUAGAUAGAGGCAGUGGUUGCACAAUGUUGUGAGUAUUCUAAAUGCCACUGGACUAUUUGCAUUAAAAUGGUUAAUUUUAAUUUUAACCACCAGGUGUAGUAGGUCAUGUCUGUGAUCUCAGCACUCUGGGAGGCCAAGGCAGGAGGAUUGCUUGAGCUUAGGAGUUGGAGACCAAGCUUAGUAAGAGUGACACCCCUGUCUCUAAUAAAAAUAGAAAAACUAGCUGGGUGUUGUGGCAGGCGCCUAUAGUCCCAGCUACUUGGGAGGCUGAAGCAGGAGGAUCUCCUGAGCCCAGGAGUCUUAGGUUGCUGUGAGCUAUGACUACACCACUGUACUCCAGCCUGGGUGACAUAGUGAGACCCUGUCUCUAAAAAAUAAAUAAAAUGGUUAGUUUUAUGUUUAAAGAAUGUUAAAAAUGGGGCGGCGCCUGUGGCUCAGUGAGUAGGGCGCUGGCCCCGUAUGCCGAGGGUGGCGGGUUCAAACCCAGCCCCGGCCAAACUGCAACAAAAAAAUAGCUGGGCAUUGUGGCAGGCGCCUGUAGUCCCAGCUGCUCGGGAGGCUGAGGCAAGAGAAUCGCGUAAGCCCAAGAGUUAGAGGUUGCUGUGAGCCAUGUGACGCCACGGCACUCUACCCGAGGGCAGUACAGUGAGACUCUGUGUCUACAAAAAAAAAGAA